CUGUAUCAUAAUAAGCCCCUUUCAACCAUACUGUAGUGUAUGCUAAUGAGGUGACUGUUGGUGGGUUCCCAGUUGGCUUCAGGAUGGGGGCUGGUUGUCAGAGGAGCCAACCAUAUGAUUAGAGGGUUAGAAAUUUCGGCCUCACCCCUAAGCCUCCCAGGAGGGGAGAGGGGUUGGGGACUGAGUUAAUCACCAGUGGCCAGUGAUCAGUCAUGCCUGUGUAUGGAACCUUAACAGAACUCUAAAUGAUGGGUUUGGAAAACUUCUGAGGUGGUGAGCAUGUGGAGGUGGUGAGCAUGUGGCACCCCUGGAGCUGGUGUGGAUGCCCCUUGCACUCCCUGCCUAUAUACCUCCCUGGAUACAUCUCUUCCAUUUAGCUGCUUCUGAGUUACAUCAUUUGUGAUCAUAAAUAGUUUCCCUCAGUUCUGUGAGUUCUACCAAAUUAAUCAGAUUGAAGAGGGGGUUGUGGGAACCCCUGAUUUGUAGCCAAGUUAGAGAUAUGAGUACUUUGAGGACUCACUGCUUGAGAUUGGUGUCUGAAGUGGGGGCAGUCUUGUGGGACUAGGCCCUUAACCUGUGAGGUCUGCACUGACUGGGUAGUGUCACAAUUGAAUUGAAUUGUAGGACACCCAGCUGGUGGCUGCAGAGAACUAGAAAAUUGCUUGGUGUGGAAAAUGCUGCAGGUUUGAUGUCAGAAGUGUUGUGAGUAGAGAAACAGUGUUUCUAUUAAUGGUAGAGAUAUUUUAAACAGAUUCCUAAUUUUCCUCUCCUUUUCUGGAUGCUUUCUGUAUUUGCUUAUUGUUUCGAAUGAUAUAUGGGAACACUAUCAAAAAACUGUACUAUGGAUAGUUUCUUCCAUCCAGACUCUGAGAAGUCAGCAUUAUUAUUGAGGCCUGUGUGCCAAACCCUGUGGUAGUGUCUGUCCUCAGUCAGCCUAUAGGCUAAAGUAAUGUUGCUCAUAGUGAACAUAAGGAGCUGUCCUGUUUGUGGGGCUUCUCCCUGUUUGUAGUCCUUUGGUGUAGUUUGACAUCCCUUCAGCAUACUCUGAUGAUAGGGUUAGAUUUUGUCUCUAAUUCUGCUUUCACAUUAUCACAGCACUGUCAGUUAUCACCUUUUAUACUUUUACUCAGGUAUUUUGUGAUUUUAGAAGCAGCUUUAUUUGUACCUCAGCAGUUGCCUCCUUUGCUUUUGGGUAGGUCUCAGGAUGUGUGUGCCAUUAGUCCUCAUGAUUCUACUUUAACGUCCCCCUCUUCCCACCCACAGUCUUAGAAGAGGAUGUACUAUAGUUGCCAGUGUUUUGUAGUGCUCUGAAAUAGUUCUUACUCAGGAUGAGGAAAAAUCAAGACUUUAGAUUAUUCGAGGAUUAAUUGGUUUUUAAAAGAUCAGUGAUUUGUCUGCAUGUAAAUAUUAUUGGAGCUCCUUGAAAUAAUGGGAUGUAAUUUCCCAGUCUGGCUUCUUCUCCCUCUCCCCCCACCUCCCCAGCAUCUGAAUGGGAACAGACAGGAUGGGAUUGCAGCUCUGCAGUUCACCAGUGGGACAUGUCAUGGCUCUGACCACAUCUCUUCAGUGGAACAUGGAAGAGGAAACACAAAAAUAGAAGAGGCUUGUGAAAUGUAUACCAGAGCUGCAAAUAUGUUCAAGAUGGCAAAAAAUUGGAGUGCUGCAGGAAAUGCAUUUUGUCAGGCAGCCAAGCUCCACAUGCAGCUUCAGAGCAAGCAUGAUUCUGCCACCAGCUUUGUGGAUGCUGGGAAUGCUUACAAAAAGGCAGACCCUCAAGAGGCUAUCAACUGCUUAAAUGCAGCCAUCGACAUUUACACAGACAUGGGAAGGUUUACGAUUGCAGCCAAGCACCACAUCACCAUUGCAGAGAUCUAUGAGACUGAACUCGUGGACAUCGAGAAGGCUAUCGCACAUUAUGAACAAUCAGCUGAUUAUUACAAAGGGGAAGAAUCCAACAGUUCAGCUAACAAGUGUCUGCUGAAAGUGGCAGCGUAUGCCGCCCAGCUGGAGCAGUACCAGAAAGCCAUCGAGAUCUACGAGCAGGUUGGGGCAAACACUAUGGAUAAUCCUUUGUUGAAGUACAGUGCAAAGGACUACUUCUUUAAAGCGGCCCUCUGUCACUUCAUAGUAGAUGAGCUGAAUGCCAAGCUUGCUCUUGAGAAGUAUGAGGAAAUGUUUCCAGCCUUUACUGAUUCAAGAGAAUGUAAGUUAUUGAAAAAACUUCUAGAAGCUCAUGAAGAACAGAACAGUGAAGCUUACACUGAAGCAGUGAAGGAAUUUGACUCAAUAUCUCGCUUGGAUCAGUGGCUUACGACCAUGUUGCUUCGUAUCAAAAAGUCCAUCCAAGGGGAUGGAGAAGGAGACGGGGACCUAAAGUGAACAUUAUGUCUUUGUGGCAUGCAGCUGUCUCCUCUUUAGUUUCAUGUUAGGGCCACAUGAUCUUUAUGGGAUGCCCAUUUAAUGGCUUAAUUCUUUGCAUAUGAGCCAAACCGUGUGUGUAUGUGUGUAAGCUCCCUGUGUUUGUGUCUUUGUGAAGCAGACAGCUGGGAAGGCCCUGUGCAUAUUGUAGGUGUGAUAGGCUAUUCCAUGCUCACUGGAGCUCCCAUGGUUUUUUGAGAACCACUUCACAAUCUUAUUCCUAUCAUUUUGAUAUUUGCAGAGCCCAUGUUUAACUUUGCCAUGUAUUUUUAUGUCAUUUUCUUGGACUGGAGUACCAAACCUAAUCAUGGUAGUAGAUGCUUUGCCUGUUUUCUAUAAAUUCGUACCUGGAUGUAUUCUCUAAAUGUACAUGUUUAGUUCAGGAUGGCUGUUAGGAAUGAGUUUUAUGACUUCACUUAUUAGAAAUUGUUUAUUUGUUGUUGUGAUUCUUAUGAUGGUGCUAGUGACCAGUGUGUUUGCUUUUUAUAUUGUUGUAUUUGCUGAUGUGCAUGCGGAAAUUCAGAACAUCCAGGGUCUGUCAGCAGCGCUGACUUACGUUGUGAGAAAAGGGAGCUUCCUGGCAGGGCUUGCUUACAUGUAUGGGUGGAUGUCAGGGUGAGUUUGACCAAUUUGUACUCACUCACACAUGUAAGAUCUAUAAGAAACAAUUUUUCCUUUUCCUGGAAUUUGUUUCCACUUUUUGUUGGGGUGGAAUCCUUUCUUUAUAUUCACAUAAAUGUGAUUCAAUUGGCACGUCCCUUUUAUUUUCAUGUUCAGAUACUUGCCCAUGUUGAGACGGUGCCUGCUGUGCCCCCGCCAUGUGAUUCCUCAUCAGAGCUGGGGUUUAUCUAGGUCAGAGCUUGAGAGAACAGUCAUUAUUUUACCCAUUUGUUGAAUGUGUUGGGUUAGGUGGGGUAAGUACAGGUACAGGGGUUUACUGUGUGUCCAGUUAGGGAAGAAGGCCAACCAGCUUCUGAGGAGGAUCGAUUUGCCUCUUGGCUGAUGGAAUUGUUUGAGCUUGUAUAUUUUAAUUUAGUUGUAUCAUUUUGGUUUACAUAAUAUGUGCUCUAUUGACUUAUAAGCUUACAUUCUGUGGCUUUAGACAUGCUCUUAUUUCCUGAAUCUUCUCUGUGUGUAUUCUUAUGCUUAAAUGACUUAGGUUUGAUAUGCAUUUGUUCCUAGACUAGUUUAGGGGUCUUUCUAAAUUAUGCUGCUGUCAUUAAAUACAGAUAAUGAAAUUCCCCAUGUUAGGUCAGAUAGUAACUGGAAUUUGAAGGGUGUUUUCAUUUUUAGAUGUCCCUCAGCUGGGAUUGGUAGGCUUUGGCUGGGCAGAAGUAGAGGGUGUGGCCAGUCCAGGGGCUGAGAGAGAAGGAAGGCAUGGGGGUGGUAAGCAGGUUGGGCUGGGAUGAAGGAGAACAUAGCAAGAAAGGAAGUUGGAAAGGGCCAGCUGAGUCCUGGUGGUGGAGGCUGUCCUUCAGGUGGCUGAGGAUUUCCUGGCUGCAGUUGUGGGGUCACCUGUGCAAGGUAGCCUGGUGGGGAGGAAGGUCAGUGAUGGCUAGAGAGGAAGGUCAGAAGCCAUGGUACACUCUUGCCUUUGGCCCUGAAAUCUGAUGAGUGUUCCUUCCUUCCUCCAAAGGUCUGGGAUUCUUACAAGAAAGAGGGCUAUCACUUAUGGUACAAUUGAGAACAUGGCCCAUUUGCUACUUUCUUCACUUCCUAUUGGAAUCUCUUAUGAAGAAAUGAUUUGCACAGGGUGGUUUCCUAUGCUCAGUCUGUUCCACAGCCAGCUGAAUGCACUUGUGUGAAAGUGAGGCGUGGUGAGUGCUUUCCUAGCCUGUGUCCUCAGGCUGUGAGUCUUUCCCACCUGGAGAGCAUUUAAAUCCUACCUGCCAGGUGCUUGUUUAAUCACUAGUGUGAAGGUUUGUUUCACUUGUUAAAAGGACUUUCUGGCCUGACCACUUGAAGUAAGAACAAGAUGAUUUCUCUUAAGGCAAUUCCUUUCCCUGCGCUCGUGGCCCCUACAAGCCCUGUCUGAGGAAGUGGUGGUUUGUGAAAACAGUUGGAGAGUUGCUUGUUUGUAUUGAAGUAAACAAGUAAACAGGGAUCAGUGGCUGAGUUAAUAAUUUUCUGUGUUUAAUAUUUACAUGAAAAGAGUUAAAAUAAUUGUAAUGGCUAGAACAGAACUGCCAGAAAAUAAAAGGAAAAUGAGAACAGUCCUGUUAACAUUACCCAAACUUCCUUCUUUUGAAAUGUCCCAUCAACGUUGGGUAGUACCAUGACUGAGGCCCGAGUUAGUUUUCAGGGGUUACAGAAUAUUCUUUAUGAACAAAAUAUAAUGAGUAUUUAUGUUCCAGCUCUUGUAUUUUAGCAGAUUGGGGGUUAGUUCAUAGUCUGAGUCAGUCACAAUUUCUUACAGGAAAGCUUUGCUUUUUGUGGCAACAUUUUUAUAUAGCUUAUGUGAGUUCCUCCUUUUUUUAUUUAAUGAUUUGAAAACAGUAUUUUUGCACAGUUGUGACCGUGCGUGAUGACAUCCCUGUAACCAAAGUGUGUGCAUUUAUUGUAUCCUCUGAUACUGUGCAUUUAAAAUGUCCAAAUGCAAACCUUUGUGGCUUCCGUCGGAGGACCCGGCAGCACGGCAUGCCACCCGCGACCCGCCUGCCCGCAGUGUGAGCUGUGGACCAGAGCAGGCUCCCGCCGCCACGUGCUGAGCCGGCCAUCGCGGGGUCUCCUCCCUUGACCUCUCGGGUGGAGGAUUAUAUUAUGAAAACUAACCGUGUGACCAUCACUCUACCUUAGCAGAAAGAGUGUGUAUGUUUUACAUCACCCUGUACAGAAAAUAAAGUGGAAAUUAUGAA